UUUAACUACUAGCGCUCGCAGUACCAGCGCUUUCCGCGUCCCAAAUUACUCCUCAACAAGUUAAAAGGCACUCACACUACCAUCGCUUUCCGCGUCCGCCGUUUUAACAAUCGCAUUGUCAGAUCUACUUCGAUCUCACUUCUGGUUAACUGAGGGCGUUCCUCGAUCGGAUCUCCUGCUCCGGCUCCGGCUCCUGCUCCAGGUACGGUCGGUGCUGCUACAUUUGGAUCUUGCUGCUGCUCCGUAUCAUCGCCGCGUACGUUGCUUGCACUGGGCUUACCUUCUGGAUGAAAACCUCCUCCCAUCAUAAGCUCUCUGAUUGCUACCUUAUGACGAGGUGCUGAAUGAAUUAAAGGGAGCUAGGCGUCCUAUAAUUUGCUCAUUUUGCUUGUAUCUGAAUGGAUAACAUGCUAGGCGACUUGUACAAGCCAGAUGACGGCGACGACUUCUACAGCAAAAAAUACCGCGACGAGCUAGAGAAUGUGUCAUUCCAACUAUUAGAAGAAAUUACAGAUGGUUUCUCUGAGAGUCGAGAGCUCGGCCGAGGAUCCUUUGGAGUGGUUUACAGGGGAUUGACUAAAAAUGGUGAUUACGUUGCUGUGAAGAAGCUUCAUGCUAAUGUCACUGAUCUUAACCAUAAGCAGUUUCAAAAUGAGUUAUAUAACCUUGCAAAACUUAAGCAUGAAAACAUUGUACGGAUUUAUGGCUAUUGCUAUGAAAUUAAGAAAACAUUUAUGGAGCACGAUAGAAGAAAAAUUCUUGUCGAAGAGCCGCGUAUAGCGCUCUGCCUUGAGUAUUUACACAAUGGAAGCCUUCAAGAUCAUAUUUCGGAUGAGUUUUCUGGUCUUGACUGGGACACACGCUACAGGAUUAUGGAAGGGGUCUGUCGUGGUUUAUAUCAUAUCCAUAGGAAUCUAAAGAAACCUCUUUAUCAUUUGGACCUAAAACCUGCCAACAUAUUACUAAGUAAAACCAUGCAACCAAAGCUUGCAGAUUUUGGGUUAUCUAGGAUCUUUCGGAAUGAAGAACUAACACGAACGACUAAAAGUCCUCUAGGAACUCUUGGGUACCAGCCACCAGAAUACAUUGAAAGAGGUGAAGUCUCAGAAAAAUUCGACAUAUUCAGCUUAGGUGUCGUAAUGAUACACCUGGUUUCGGGACGUGGAGGCUUCGAAAGAUAUGCAUGCAUGCAUAGUGAAGAAUUUAUCAAUCAGGUAAAAACAAACUGGAGGAAAAGAUUUAAGCAAUUACAGAGGAAUUCCUUACGUAAAGUCAAAGUGUACUGCCACGAGGUAGAGACAUGCACUCGGAUAGCACUGAAUUGUGUGGAGAAAGACACACAGAAAAGGCCUGAUAUAGAUAUGGUCAUCAAUAAUCUAAAGGACCGUAAGACCCAUAGAUUCAAGAGUACUUGGACAAGUAGUUUUCGGCAGGAUGGAAGAAUGUAUGGAAGCUAUAUGCCAUAUUCAAACAGAUAUUUAAACAAAUUGAUGUCAGGCUCUAUUUGCACCGAAACAAAAUUUUAUCGAAGAGAAAAAUUACCGAAUGUUGGAGAAGAAUUCAUUAUAGGGAGAAAAGAAGAGAAACAGAAAAUAGUGGCAUCUUUACUACAGAGCAUGACACAACACAUCACUAUCCUUCCUAUCUAUGGCAUUGGAGGAAUUGGCAAGACAACCAUUGCAAAGUUGAUUUACUAUGAUACAAAUUUCAAUAGUUACUCUCGAGUAUGGGUCUAUGUUUCACCGAAAUUUGACUUGAAGAAAGUUGGAAACACUGUAAUUUCACAACUCUCUAGUGAGGAGAGCCAAAUUAAUGAAACACAAAUGAUACAUAGUUGCCUGAUGAAAUUACUUUCUGGUAAAAAGGUUCUGAUUGUUUUAGAUGACUUGUGGGAGGAUAGUUUAUUUCAACUGAAUAAUUUGAAGGAUAUGCUAAGUUAUGGUGAUAGCAUCAAUGUAAUAGUUAUAGUAACCACACGCAGUAAACAUGUUGCAGAGAAUGUUAGCACUAAUGUUGAGCCACACAAGAUAGAACCCUUGACAGAUAGCAUGUGCUGGGAUAUAAUGAAACAAAGAAGCAACUUUGAAGCUAAAAAUCACAAAGAACAUUUGGCACAUAUAGGAAUGGAGAUCGCUGUAAAGUGUGGAGGUGUGGCUUUGGCAGCUCAAUCCCUUGGGUUCAUGUUGAAGCCCAUGGAAUUAUGUGAUGAAUGGAUUGAAGUCAGAGACAGUGACAUCUGGAAUAAAUCUAUUUCGAAGGAUGCCAAUUCACCAAACCAUGUGCUUGCAUCCUUGAUGUUAAGUUGUACCAAAAUGGAUCGAUGCUUGAUAUUAUGCUUUAUCUACUGUGCAAUCUUUCCAAAAGGUCAUCAUAUAGUCAAAGAAGAACUAAUACAACAAUGGAUUUCUUUGGGUUUCAUCCAGCCAACAAAAUUACACUCCAAUAUGCAGAUAUGUGAGAAGUAUAUUUUGCAGCUCAUAGGAUUGUCUUUCAUUCAAGAUACAAUGUCACCAAAGUAUUCUCAAGCAUACAAAAAAGGCCUCACAUUGUUCACCAUGCACGAUCUCGUGCAUGAUUUGGCAAGAUUACUAACGGCUGGUGAAAUUCUGGAUGCUUCCAAUAUUGGGACUAUGGAUGCGAGGCAUGUUGCCCGCGAGCCUGCAACUAGGUCAUUAUUUCAUGGGUACAUGCAUGCUAAGUCAAACUUUCGUAGCUUCAUACGUACCAAUUCAAAUAUAUACACAUACCGGCGACGGCGAGAGCCAGAAGGUAGCGGACAGCAAUACAAAUAUGCAUUGCUCACUAAUUGUCACAAGCCCCUAGAGGUAUUGACGGAUUCGCCCAAUAUGAUAAGGGCACUGCAUUUUCGGGAUUGUCAUGGCUCGAAAGGACUAAAAGAUUAUGCAUUUUUGCCUGCAAAGUUGUCCCUAAAAGUUCUGGAUUUAAGUGGGUGCAACAUAGCCUACCUGCCAGCUUCUAUCGGUGAAUUGGCUGUAUUGAGGUAUCUCAAUGCUCCAGAGAUUAAAAAUGAAAUGCUCCCAGACUCUCUGAGCAAACUGUCAAAAUUAAUAUACCUCAACCUAAGUGGGUCCAAUAUUUCAGCACUGCCUGAUUCAAUUGGUGAUAUCGAAGGUCUAAUGCAUCUUGAUAUAUCAAAUUGUGUGCUUUUGUGUGAGCUCCCAGAAUCAUUUGUGGACCUAAAAAAUCUGGUAUAUCUAGAUUUAUCACAUUGCCAGAUCAAAAUUACAGCAAGAGUUUUUAGUGGUCUCACCAAUAUCCAGCAUUUGAAUUUAUCAAAAAGUCUUAUUCAUGGAGGUGACGGGUUGGAGGGGCUGCAGGAAGCCGUUGGUGGUCUCACCGAACUUCGGUAUUUAAAUCUAUCAGGGUGCUUUGAAAAUCUGAGGCCAGAUGAGGUAUUAAGUUUUGUUGACCGUAUUUGUAGGCUUACAAAUCUGGUGCACUUGGAUUUGUCUUUCAAUUUGGGUCUUGUCAGUGUGCCUGAAAGUAUUGGCAGCCUCAGGAAGCUGCACACCCUGGAUCUCUUGUGCUGCCGAAACCUAGUGACGCUUCCAAAAUGUAUGUUCAACAUGGAUAGCAUGAAGAUGUUAAAUGUUACCUGCUGUCCUCAUCUAGAUCAGUCUACGCUCCCCCGAUACAGGUAUUUUACCUUGCCGUACUUUGAGGUCCAUGCUGAUGAUGGCGAAUCUACCAGCAAUAUUGGUUUGCUUCGGUAUGUGAAUCCUACUCAUGAGUUGUACAUAAGUGGGCUUGAUAACACAAUAUCUGCAGAAGAGGUUGACAGUAUAAACCUAAGCCAAAAACAGGGGAUCCAGUCGUUGAGUCUUUCAUGGACUAGAGAUGCUCAGAGAUCUGUGGAGGACAUGGAAGUCCUGGGAAAGCUAGUGCCACCUGAUACUUUAAAAUGCUUUGAGCUAAGAGGUUAUGAUAGUAUGAGCUUUCCAACAUGGGUUAUGGGCAUCACGCUCUAUCUUCCUCGCCUUACCAAGGUUGUAUUGUGGGAGCUGCGUAAAUGCAAUAGUCUACCACCACUGGGCCAGUUACCAACACUACAAAAGCUAGUUAUAGGAGGAAUGGACAGCACUUUGACAGUUGAUGAGGGUUUCUGCUGCGCCGGCCCGGGAGCCUUUCCUCUAUUACAGGAACUUCAACUAUGCCAAAUGGAGAACCUGGAAGUGUGGAACACAACAUACUCCUGUGGCCAGAGCAAUGAGGAUGUGCAGGAAUUCAUGUUCCCAAACCUUAGGGAACUGUUAAUUCGUGAUUGCCCCAAGUUGAGACUGAAACCAUGCCCACCUAAAACUGUGGGAUGGAAGAUAGAGAACAGCGACAAUGUACUGUCGUCAUGGGAUGAGGAGGGAGAGAUCGACCUUGCAGCAUUGUUCCCAUCAAGGAAAGAGUUUAAGAAACUUUGGGAAGGGAAAACAAAAGUGCCAGCAGCUUGUAGCGCACAAUUUGAAAAAUGCAGAAAACCUGGAGCUUCCUACAAUGCUUGUCCUGAACGCGUGGAGGUGAAAUCGAGCAAGCUGCCUUUGGGAAAAUGGAGGCUGUUCCGGCACCUCCUUCCCACCUAUGAUUUAAGGAUCUCGUGCUGCACUUAUGCGACAAGCGGCUCGUCACAAGAGAUCAUCCAAGGCCUCGCCUUCAUCGAAUCAUUAUGCCUAGAAGACGAUGCUCAGUCUGAGCUUCCGAAUUGGUUGGGUGAGCUCACUUCUCUUGAAACGUUGGAGAUAUCGAAGUACCCAGGGCUAGAGGCACCACUGGAUGGCAUGAAGCAACUCGCCCACCUCCGGAAGCUGUCGCUGAUAAAUUGUAGAAGCAUGUCAGCACUACCGCAAUGGUUGGGAGAACUCAUCUCUCUCAAAGAACUGAUCAUCUCAGAGUGGCCAAACCUGAGCGAUUUUCCGGAGAGUAUGCAGCUCCUCACCUCCCUCAAGAUGCUACGUUUGGAGCGGUGUCCCAGAAUUACUGCCCUUCCAGGAUGGCUGGGCGACCUCGCUUCUCUCAAAAUACUAGUCAUCAGCAAUUGCAAGGGCAUCGUGUCUCUGCCAGACAGCAUACAGAAGAUCACCAGGCUUGUACGAGUAUAAAUUGGGGGAGCCUGAAACAUGCUAUCUGCUUUGCAACUCAUUUACAGGUGCUGCAGUAGCCUGGAAGUGAUGACAGACAUAUAUGGAGGCUUUCUUCUACUGGUGUUUGCACAGCCAAGUCAGCUUAUGGGGGUUUCUUCAUUGGAGCCACGGUUUUUGGUCCUUCGGAUCUAAUCUGGAAAUCGUGGGCCCCAAAGAAAUGUCGUUUUUUCCCCUAUGGCUGGUUGCUCUUGACAAAUGUUGGAGUGCCGACCGUCUAGCCAGACGGGGUUUACAGGCAGCACCCUAUGUGUUGUUUGUUUUGUGACCAAGAUGAGGAAACCAUCAACCAUCUUCUGGUUUCUUGCUCCUUCUCUCGGCAAUUUUGGUUCGUGCUGUUACAAAUGGUGGGUCUUCAACGCCUAUCUCCACAGCCAGACACGUCCUUCUUCCUAGAAUGGUGGUCAGGUUCUGCUGCAGUGGUGGAUGAGCAAUUUCAGCAGGGUUUCUACUACAUCAUCCUGCUUGGUGCUUGGCUCCUUUGGAAGCACCGUAACCGAUGUGUCUUCGAUGGGAUUGGGAUCAAACCCGAUGUGCAGCAUGUGUUGUCCUUAGCCACAGAGGAAAUGAGACUUUGGGGGCUAGCUGGUGCGAAGGGAAUUAGGAUGUUGACUUGUUGGCGAGUAAUCCUCUAGCUUGAUCCAGGUCAUGUUUCUUUGUUCUGGUCGAGAUUUGUGAGUGUGUUGUUUUUCUAUUCUUUUUCUUUUUUCUUUGUAAUCUGUUUUGGGGUUCUCAGUUCUCUAUCCCUUUUCAUCUUCUUAAUACAAAGAUACACAGUUGUCCUGCGUGUUUGAAAAAAAAAUACUUUUAAACAUAGUUAAUGAACUAGUACAUCAACAUUCAAAAUUUAGUUGAUGUUCUUCAAUA